AGAGCGACCAGUCUUCGUCUGUUGUUCUCAGUGAUAGCGAAUCAGCGAUUCUCGAAUUCGAUUUCGCGAUCAGAUCCCGUUUCCGUACAAUCCAUGGCUGAAUUUGCGAAGGAAGUUAACGGCAGCGAUGCUCAGAAUCUUCACUCGCUCCUCUCUUCUCCGGCGAGGGAUUUCCUCGUUCGUAAUGACGGCGAGCAGGUGAAAAUUGACAGCUUGAAAGGGAAGAAGAUUGGAUUGUACUUCUCAGCUGCGUGGUGCGGACCAUGUCAGCGUUUCACUCCACAGUUAAUGGAAGUGUACAACGAACUCUCUCCAAAAGUUGGUUUUGAGGUUAUCUUUGUGUCAGGCGAUGAGGAUGAAGAAUCCUUUAGAGAUUAUUUCACUAAGAUGCCAUGGCUCGCUGUUCCUUUUACUGAUUCAGAAACACGUGACCGCUUGGAUCAGUUGUUUAAAGUUAAGGGAAUUCCGUACUUGGUGAUGGUAGACGAUCAUGGUAAUCUUCUGAAUGAGAAUGGGAUCGGUGUCAUUCGAAGCUACGGAGCUGAUGCUUAUCCUUUCACACCAGAGAGAAUGAAGGAGAUAAAAGAGGAAGAAGACAGAGCUCGGAGAGAACAGACCUUGAAAUCAGUCUUGGUGACUCCUUCACGGGACUUUGUGAUUUCACGAGACGGUAACAAGGUACCCGUCUCAGAACUCGAAGGGAAAACCAUCGGUCUUCUAUUCUCGGUGGCCACUUACCGUCGAUGCAUGGAGUUUACUCCAAAGCUUAUUGAGGUUUAUAACAAGCUGAAGGAGAAUGGGGAGGAUUUCGAGAUUGUGCUGAUUUCUCUUGAAGACGAUGAGGAGUCUUUUAAGCAGGACUUUGAGACCAAGCCAUGGCUAGCAUUGCCAUUCAAUGACAAAAGCUCAUCGAAAUUGGCUAGGCACUUCAUGCUGUCAACGCUACCAACACUGGUCAUUCUCGGACCCGAUGGAAAAAUCCGCCACUCGAAUGUCGCUGAAGCUAUUGAUGACUAUGGAGUUCUUGCGUAUCCGUUCGCUCCAGAGAAGUUUGAAGAACUCAAGGCGAUAGAGAAGGCAAAGACAGAUGCUCAAACGCUCGAGUCGCUCCUUGUCUCGGGUGAUCUCAACUACGUUCUCGGAAAAGAUGGGGCUAAGGUGCUUGUGUCUGAUCUGGUGGGGAAGAACAUUCUUUUGUACUUCUCAGCUCACUGGUGUCCUCCUUGUCGCGCUUUUACACCGAAGCUUGUUGAAGUAUACAAGCAGAUAAAAGAGCGGGAUGAAGCGUUUGAGUUGAUCUUCAUCUCCAGUGACCGAGACCAAGAAUCAUUUGAUGAGUACUACUCGCAGAUGCCGUGGCUGGCUCUUCCAUUUGGUGAUCCUCGGAAAACAUCUUUAGCAAGAACCUUUAAAGUCGGUGGCAUCCCAAUGCUAGCAGCUGUGGGACCAUCUGGGAAAACCGUAACAAAAGAAGCAAGGGACCUUGUUGGAGCCCAUGGAGCUGAUGCUUACCCUUUUACUGAGGAACGUUUGAAGGAGAUUGAAGCUAAGUACAAUGGGAUGGCGAAAGAGUGGCCUACAAAGGUGAAACAUGCUCUUCAUGAAGAUCACGAGCUAGAACUGACUCGUGUUCAGGUUUACAUGUGUGAUAAGUGUAAUGAAGAAGGGAAAAUCUGGUCUUACCAUUGUGAAGAGUGCGACUUUGAUCUUCAUGCCAAGUGUGCUUUGAAAGAGGAGGCGAACACAACCGGUGAUGAUGCUGUGAAAGAAAAUGGCGGCGAGUCCAAAGAUGGUUGGGUUUGUGACGGUAACGUGUGCACCAAGGCCUCAUAGAUUAGCUUCAGGCGCAGUUAUAUGUAUGCAGAGCUAUUUUUCCUUUCCAUGUAUAACUGAUAGAGUGAGAAAGUGUGGCUAUAGCCUAUAGUAUGAUAAAACCUUGGAGAUGAACUCUGUUAAUUUGAACUAGUGGCAAAAUGAUCUUUCCUGUA